GCCGCGCGCGCGGCGUGCCGGCUGCGCUCUCCGGCGCCCCCGCCUCCUCUCGUCUGCCGUCCGCCCUGGCGCGCGGCGGCCCCGCGCCGCCCCCCGCUCGGCGGGCAGAGUGGCAGCCAGACGAGGCCCCCUCGGCGCCCGCCCGGGGUCGCCUGCACGCCAGUCACUCUUACGUGUAGUCGACUGGGGCGCUCCCGCCGCGCCGCGGCGAUCGCGGGGGCCCCGGCGCGCGCGGCCGCCCGCUCGGGCGCGAGCAGCGCAAAAAUGCAGGGAGACGGGGCGGGCGCCCCUCCAGCCAACCACCCUGGGGAGGAGGAGGAGGAGGAGGAGGAGGAGGAGGAGGAGGAGGAGGAGGAGGAGGAGGAGGAGAUGAUGGGGCGACUCCCAGGAGGACAGUCCUUUGAGAGAGGGUCCAGCCCGCAAAACUUGUUGGGCGGGUGCCCCAUCAGGGGGAGAUUUUGUGAGGCCGAGCGUGGUGACAAAGCCACGCACGGCGCUCGCGACAGGUGUACCCGCUGCGAAACCUCAAACCUGGCGACUAUUCUCGCGGGCUCGAACUCGCUCCAUCAAGCGAGCCAUUCGAGCUUCAUACGAGAUGGCACUGUCGACCGAGUACUCAACAACUGAAGUCGUCGCUCUGACAUCCCUCGCACUAGCCACUG